UUGUUAGUUCUUAGAAUUUGUGAUACGAUUGAAGCAUAAAAUAUUAUUUAUUAUUUAUUCGUCUCCUUAAAAUUCGAUUAUCGUUAUUAUACGUUCCUUGAAGAUUAAAUUUUUGAUAAAAAUGAGCGAAAAUGAUUAUGAUGAUUUACGUAAAAGAAAUAUAGCCGAAAAAAAUGCUAUCUUUGCCGAGAUUUUCAAUGAUUUAGAAAAGAAAACAAACGAAAUAAAGGAACUUGAAGAAAAAUACAAUGACGCGAAAGAUGCAAAAAAAUCUACAUCCACAAAAAGCCGUAAAAUUCGAUCUAUUAACAAGUUUAAAAUUAAACGCUCGGAACUUGAUUCAUGUAAGAGGUAUAAUACUAGAAGUAGAUCGAGGAAUGUUUAUGAAGAUAAGGGAGAAGAAAAGGAAAACAAUUUGACUAAAUCCGAAAAAGCUAAACGUAAAUGGUUAGUUUUAUUUCCGUGGGCAAAACCAUUCCAACGAUCAAUCGAUUUAAUGAAAAUAGAAUGCGAUGCGGACGAAGAGCAGUACAAUGAUAAUUUGUCUGAAACCAAAGUUAAAAUUAAAAAACGAAUUUACAAUAUGAACAAAGUUACUUAUAACUCAAAUAACAUACCAUCUGUCGAUGAAAUUACGGAUGAAAUGCUAGCUAAUGUUGCAACUAAAUUUUCUUUAAAAGAGUAUUGCAGCAUCAAUGGAUCAACCUGUCAUCAAUGUAGACAGAAAACUUUAGAUACAAAAACUGUAUGUCGUUCAGGAGAAUGUAUUGGACUUAAAGGACAAUUUUGCGGAGUUUGUUUAAAAGGCAGAUAUGGUGAAGACAUUGUUACUGCAUUAAAAGAUCCUGACUGGGCUUGCCCACCUUGCCGUGGUUUAUGUAAUUGUAGUAUAUGUAGAACAAAAAGUGGUUUAUCUCCAACUGGAAAAUUAGUUCCAGUGGCAAAGGAAGAAGGAUACUGCUCAGUUAUGGAUUACCUACAAUUUGCCGACACAGACGAUACAUAAUUUGGAAUGUUACAAAAUUUAUAAUUGAAUCUUGAUGAAUAUUUUUUACUGACUGUAACAUUUUUUAUUUUUUUUUACAAUUAUUUUUUAUAAGCAUAAUUUUUUAUAUAUUUAUAUUGUUUCUUCUUUGUUUUUAAUUUUCUUUUCCAUUGUUAUUUUACUGCAAUGAUGCCAUAACGUCGUGGAGAUAACAUAGGAUCAAAUAAACGUAAUAUCGCAAUUUUA